AAUGUAAGCCCCUUCUUUCUAGUGUUUGCCCUCCUACCAAAGCAGAGAGAGAAAGAGAGAUAGAGAGUGAUGCGAUGCUUGGUGAUUUUAUGGUGCCCGUCGACUCCGUCGUCGAAUCAGCGGUGUGUUUAGAUACUUCCCACCGCGGUAGAGGAUGGCCGGCGUCGUACGGCGCAGUUGCGGCGGCGGCGGCGGGUUGCUCGGUGAGCAGGAUGACCAAUGCCGAUAAGAAGAAGAAGGGAGGCCAAGUGGUCGAGUGCAGGAUUUGCCAAGAGGAAGGGGAUGAGUGCGACCUGGAAUCCCCUUGUGCUUGUACUGGAACCCUCAAGUUUGCCCAUAGAAAAUGUAUUCAGAAAUGGUGCAAUAAGAAAGGGAACAUCAUUUGUGAAAUCUGCAGCCAGGUUAUGGCUUUUGCUCCAGAUUAUGUUUCCCCCUCAAGCGAACUUCAUCCUGAUAUAAUGGCGAUUGAUAUCAGACAAAGUUGGAGUUCUCAAUUUGAUCUUCGAGAAUCACAUUCGCUUGCCAUCUCGGCUGCAGAGCAAGAGUUUCUAAAUGCAGAUUAUGAAGGUUAUGCUGCUGCUAGUGCUCGUGGGGUUGCCUUUUGCCAUACAAUUGCUCUAAUUUUAAUGUUGCUACUCUUUAUCCAACAAGUUCUUAACGCAAUGAAGGAACUUGGAAUGAUGCAAGACAUAUCAUCAUUAUUUGAUGUACUUCUGCAGGUCGCUGGCCUUUUCCUUCCAUGUUAUGUGAUAGCCCGUUCCUGCUAUUUUCGGAGACGGCAGGUCUAAGGUCGUACUGUCAAUGCAAGUUCAACUCAUG